AAAGAUUAGCACGCAAUUGAUCAAACCAGUGACCCCAACUCCUCCAAACCUCAACAAAUACAAAAUCUCUUUCCUAGACAAAUGUCUUACACCCAUGAAUCUGGCUGUUCUUCUGUUUUAUGGAUCCAAACCGGAAGGCUUGGAAGAAUCACUUGCCCGAAUCUUGGUGGACUUCUAUCCGCUCGCCGGGAGAUACAUCAAGGAACAAAGCCUUGUGGACUGCAACGACGAGGGCGCCGAGUUCGUCACAGCACACGCUACCGAUGUCGACCUCAACGACGUUGUCGGAAAGAAUGAUGCCGACAUUCUGCAGCAUUUCUAUCCAGAUUCGUACUACCGAUGUGACGAAGAUGCCUUGAAUCCACUCCUGUCGAUCCAGGCUACCCAUUUCCUCUGUGGCGGCGCCAUCAUCGCCGUCAGCGUUUCCCACAGAAUUUUCGACGUACCUUCCAUCGCCACAUUCAUAUCCGCCUGGUCAAGCGCCGCCCAUCCUCAAAAAUCUGUUCAGAUCACUCCGUCUUUCAACAUCCCGUCUUUGCUCCCUUGCAACGACCACAACUUUGGUGUUAAUCUGAAGCAAUCGAGCGCUGAGAAGCCCACGAUUGUCACCAAGAGGUUGUUGUUCAACAAGGCUGCUUUGACCAGCCUCAAGUCAAAAUUAAAGCAAGACACGAUCUCAGAUGCUGAGAUCGUGUCUGGUGUUAUAGCAAAGGCCCUGAUCCGUCUGGACAGGGCCAAGCAUGGGCAAAAUAGAGAGUUUGUGGUUUUCCAACUGAUUAACAUGCGAGAAAGAAUGAUCCCGCCUCAGUCGAAGCACGUGUGUGCGAACCUGUCAUUCACCAUGCUCACGCCUCCUGUGGCCGCUUCGGAAGAGAUCAGAGUUCAGGAAAUAGUUGAUGUGAUAGGCGACGGCGUUAGGGCCAAUGUAGCGGAGCUUGCUGGAGUACUGUCUCCGGAUACAGACGGACGCGAAGUCAUCAUGAAUAGCUUAGGGAGCUUGAUGAAGGCGAUUUCGAACCGGGAGACUAAUUUCAUAGCGUUUACGGAUUUCAGCGAGUUUGAAUUCCACGAAGCGGAUUUCGGGUGGGGGAAGCCUGUGUGGACGGCCGUCACACCGCAGCGGCUGCGCAGCAACUCCACGUUGCUUAUGAGGAAUGAAGAGGUGGAUGGGAUUGAGGCAUGGGUGCAUUUGUACCAAGAUGACAUGCCUCGCUUCCAGGAAGAUGAGGAUAUCAAACAAUUUGCACACUAGAAAUCAUGUUGAUAUUUUAUUCAGUUUCUGCUUUAUGUUGUUUGCUUCAAGUAUCGGCUCCUCAAUCCUGUCUCAAAUAAAUUUCUAGUUCUUCUUUCGUCGGAAACAAGUUUGGAAUUAAUGAAGUUCACAAUGUUUGUAUAUA